CAGUGUUGUGUGAGGGGAAGGCAGCCGGUUGUUGAAUUAGCUUCUGCUGGAAUGUGUUCAUGUGUAACAUCCCACUGACUGGAUGACAUCACAACAGCUUCAGGUCCUUGAAAGUCUUGAGGAUGAUUAGCUGAAGGAAUUGGCUCUUUCUACCAAUCAUAACCCGGCAGAGCUGCCUUCAUAGUUCUGGAGAUAUGAGAGAAAGAGGGAGGGAGGGAAAGACCGACUCCAGCUAAGCAAGAGGCUCAGCAGCAGUCGCAGCAGCAGACAGGAGCAGCUGGUAUUCCGGUGAUUAAAUAGUUCUCAUAGCCUUUUUGCUGUACCCAGUCUGCUCCCUGGUGUAAUGCUCGUGUCCGAGAAGGAAGCUGCAUUUUAACGGUGUGCUGAACAGAGGUCUGAAUCAUUCCAGCUGGCUGCUUGUUUUGAAAAGGACAAUGUGUGUAUAAAUAAAAGGACUGCUGGAAGUGUUCAGACACCAGCCCCGGAGCUGAAGAGUGCUCCCGGAAUCCUGUUGAGGCAGAUGGCACAAACUGAAAGCUCCGCUAAUUAACCUGGAGCCAAGUCAACCUGAAUUCUGGAUAUCUCAUUUCCUAACUCCGGAUAAAUUCAAGUUAGCAAAAGAAAAAAAUAUAUUGAGAUGCUUCUCUAGAUAAUGCUUAAAGGGAUCUGCAGCAAUUCUUGGUAUUGCACAGAGCAUCUCAGCUGUUGCCUUUCUGGUCCAUUGCCUACCAGAUUUGACUCAUUUGUGACCACUUCGAGAAUCUCCCAUGAUUUGCAAUGGUUACAUGAAUGUUUGGGAAGGAAAAUUUGCAACAUCUUACUGUAUGUUCUCUAUGGCACAUUAGGGAAAGAAGCCAGAAACGGCUCUCAAAGCACUGGUUUUUAAAAUGAAUCUUAUUGUGAGGUUUCGAAGAAGCUUUCGAACACUUAUUGUUCUCUUAGCUACCUUUUGCUUGGUGAGCAUCAUCGUUUCUGCCUACUUCCUGUACUCUGGCUACAAACAGGAAAUGACACUUAUUGAAACUACUGCCGAAGCAGAGUGUGCUGACGUCAAAAUCUUCCCUUAUCGGUCCAUAGAGCUGAAAACCGUCAAGCCUAUUGACACAUCCAAAACUGACCCCACUGUCCUCCUCUUUGUAGAGAGCCAGUAUUCUCAACUCGGUCAAGAUAUAAUAGCAAUUUUGGAGUCCAGCCGCUUUCAGUACCAGAUGGUCAUUGCUCCAGGCAAGGGAGACAUACCACCUCUUACCGAUAGUGGCAAAGGGAAGUACACAUUGAUCAUUUAUGAAAAUAUUCUGAAAUAUGUCAGCAUGGACUCAUGGAACCGGGAGCUUUUAGAAAAAUACUGUAUAGAAUACAGUGUUAGCAUAAUUGGUUUUCAUAAAGCCAACGAGAACAGCUUACCAACUACACAGUUGAAAGGUUUUCCUUUGAACUUAUUCAAUAAUCUAGCUCUGAAGGACUGCUCCGUGAACCCCCAGUCUCCCCUGCUGCAUAUUACCAAAGGCCCUAAGGUGGAAAAGGGACCUCUUCCUGGGGAAGACUGGACGAUUUUCCAAUAUAACCAUUCUACCUAUCAGCCAGUGCUUUUAACUGAGUUACAGACAGAGAAGCCCCUCUCUUUCUUGUCCAGCAAAACACUCUAUGCUACAAUAAUUCAGGAUCUGGGGCUUCAUGAUGGGAUCCAGCGUGUUCUUUUUGGCAACAACUUGAACUUUUGGCUGCACAAGCUCAUCUUCAUAGACGCCAUCUCCUUCUUAUCGGGAAAGAGGCUGACAUUGUCCUUGGACAGAUACAUCCUUGUGGACAUUGAUGACAUAUUUGUGGGGAAGGAGGGAACAAGGAUGAACGUCAAAGAUGUGAAGGCAUUACUAGAGACUCAAAAUUUACUGCGCACUCAGGUUGCAAAUUUUACCUUCAACCUUGGAUUUUCAGGGAAGUUUUACCACACAGGAACUGAAGAGGAAGAUAAAGGAGAUGACCUUCUGCUGCAGUCUGUGGAUGAGUUCUGGUGGUUCCCUCACAUGUGGAGCCACAUGCAGCCCCACCUCUUCCGUAAUGAGUCAUCGUUAGUAGAGCAGAUGAUUCUCAACAAAGAAUUUGCCCUGGAACAUGGAAUACCGACCAACCUGGGCUAUGCAGUGGCCCCACAUCACUCAGGGGUCUACCCGGUCCAUAUUCAGCUGUAUGCAGCUUGGAAGAAGGUCUGGGGUAUUCAGGUCACCAGCACUGAAGAGUAUCCACAUCUGAAACCUGCAAGAUACAGGAAGGGCUUCAUUCACAAUAGCAUCAUGGUCCUCCCUCGACAGACCUGUGGGCUGUUUACACAUACUAUUUUCUACAAGGAGUAUCCAGGAGGACCCCAAGAAUUGGAUAAAAGUAUCAAAGGAGGUGAACUUUUCCUCACAAUCCUUCUAAACCCAAUCAGCAUUUUCAUGACUCAUCUAUCUAACUAUGGGAAUGACCGCCUAGGCUUGUACACCUUCGUGAACUUGGCCAACUUUGUGCACAGCUGGACCAAUUUGAAACUGCAGACUCUGCCUCCAGUACAACUGGCCCACAAGUACUUUGAGCUCUUCCCCGAGCAGAAAGACCCUCUCUGGCAGAAUCCAUGUGAUGAUAAACGACACAAAGACAUCUGGUCUAGGGAGAAAACUUGUGAUCAUUUACCAAAAUUCCUUGUCAUUGGGCCUCAGAAAACAGGAACAACUGCACUUUAUUUAUUUCUUCUUAUGCACCCUUCCAUCAUCAGCAAUCUCCCUAGCCCAAAAACCUUUGAAGAAGUUCAAUUUUUUAAUGGCAACAACUAUCACAAGGGAAUUGAGUGGUAUAUGGACUUUUUUCCUACUCCUUCCAACAUUACCAGUGAUUUCCUUUUUGAAAAGAGUGCUAACUAUUUCCACUCAGAAGAGGCUCCCAAGAGAGCUGCAUCUCUUGUUCCCAAAGCCAAGAUCAUUACUAUCCUUAUCGACCCCUCGGACAGGGCAUAUUCUUGGUACCAGCACCAGAGAUCCCACGAAGAUCCAGCUGCCCUGAGGUUCAAUUUCUAUGAAGUCAUCACAACAGGACAUUGGGCCCCACCUGAUUUGAAAACAUUGCAGAGGAGAUGUCUGGUACCUGGGUGGUAUGCAGUACACAUAGAAAGAUGGCUGACCUACUUUGCUACUUCUCAGUUGCUAAUUAUUGAUGGACAGCAGCUGAGAUCUGACCCAGCCACUGUGAUGGAUGAAGUCCAGAAGUUUCUAGGAGUUACACCUCAUUAUAAUUACUCUGAAGCACUAACGUUUGACCCCCAAAAAGGCUUCUGGUGUCAACUACUGGCAGGAGGAAAGACCAAAUGCCUUGGGAAGAGCAAAGGCCGAAAAUACCCACCCAUGGAUCCAGAGUCCAGAACCUUCCUCUCCAAUUACUACCGGGACCACAAUGUGGAGCUCUCAAAGCUGCUGCACAGGCUGGGGCAGCCUCUGCCCUCAUGGCUGAGACAGGAGCUGCAGAAAGUGAGAUAGCCCCUGCAAGGAGAGCAUGGCAUUGAGACAUCAUUAAGUAGAAAAGGCAAACCGCACAACUUUAUCCUUUUCAUACACUUGUGAUUGUCAAGAGAAGACUGUGAAUAAAUCCCCUUCAAUGUUUUUCAUAAAACAAAAACAUAUGCACGCCUUGGCAAUUAUUAGCAUUAAUUAUUAUUUAAGGCUUUUGGAAACAAAAUAUGGGGUUUGUGGCACUAACCAGUUUCUAGUCUGGAGAUCAUUAUGCAGCUCACUUCUCUGUUAACCAACUUUCAGGACAUCACAUGACUAAUGUUCUGACUAUAUGCAAAUUACCAAUUAAAAAUUUGAGGAAAAGAUAAGGACUAUAGUGUGUAUAAAUGAAGUCAGGUCUAACCGACUGUCUGAAUUAAGGGCUAAUGUUUAUAAGUAUCCUUUACCUGGUUCUGUUGGUCCAUCUUCCUCUUGUAAGGCGAGGAGGGACCAUGUUCACUGAGAGUUACAAGUCAUCACAAGGGCAUGCCAUCCUCAGAAAACUCCAGCAUGGUCUCUAGAGAGCUCCAGUAAGACAGAAUGGUGUGAAUCUGAAUUGCAGUACCCUAGUAGGUGAGGGCCAUCUUUAAUGGGCCCAUGAUCUUACCACAUUAACAAGGUUCCUACCUUGGCAUUGUUGUAGCAUUUUUAUAUAUAUAUAUAUAUAUUUCACUACUCUAAAUAGGAAGAAAAAAGCUUUAUUGACUAGAAAUGUAAACACCAAAUCGUACUUGCAGGUCCAUAUAGGUACUGUUCCUUCUAUGUAAGAAAUACGUCCAUCUCUUUAAAAGCAUGAUGUUUUAUACAUGCCACUAUAUCUACUACAAUAAAGUUUUUACUGUCUACUUUAAAAUAUAUCUAAAACAAAUUAUAUCACAAAGUUACCUAUUUGAAAAUCACUAAUUCUCUAACUUGAACCCAAUUUCAUAGACAUAAAGCUCACAAGUUAAUUUCAAGUCAAAAAGUUUUGUUUUGAGUUACAGGUUCCUAUAAUAUUUGAAGACUACAUAAAAACCUGUUUACUGGAAUUUUAUCCUGUUUGUCCAUGAUAAUCUAUGAAAGCAUUGUUUAUCUUUUUUGUGAUAUAUGAAGGUAAAAUUUCACCAGAACAAUCAACCAAAGUGACUUUGGGAACAUUACCAACAAAUCUCUCUCCUCCAGAGCAAUUUUUCUAAAUAUCAUCAUCCCUAUUAUUUGAGAAUUUAUCCUUGCAUUAAUUCAAUAACAAACUGAUAGGUUUUGGUUUUGUUUUUUGGUGAGGAGAUGAAUUAGACAAACAACUCAAACUUGGCUAUUUUAAAAGAGCCCUGGUGGUUUUGUUUUUUGUUUUUUUUACAUAUUGAAAAUCCAACUUCUCAUCUAUUUUUCACAAUUUUUUUUAUUUAUUUUCAGGUUUUUCUUAGUAUUCCUUUCUCUUUAUCAGAAACUGUGAGCUUUUAAAAACUCUUUAUUGAUAUAAAUCACAGUAAUUUCCUGUUUCAUUUUUAGCUGUGGGGAUUAAAUUCUUACCCUUGUUACUUAUAAGAGAGUAUGACACAGUCCCUUAAAAAUGGUGAAGUAAUAACCACAAUUAUUUAUUUAGACCACUACAAUUUAUUCACCAUCUCCCUCCCACUUAUAUUAUAGAGUUUCUACCACUUUCUUUUGUUCUGUGUGAGACAGGAUAUUACUAUCCAGCACAGCCUGACUUCAAAUGUGCAAUCCCCCUGCCUUUCCCUCUGGAGCAUUGGGAUUACAAGUGUGGAGUACUACAUUCACCUCUGACUACUAUUUUCUUGACCUAGAGGAAAAUCUUCUUUCCUUCACAGGGGACUAGACUUCUAGUUAUAGCAUGUAAAAUGGGUACUUUCACACCAAAUAAUAUUGAUAUAACUCAAGAACUUCCAACACAUCACCAGAUUUAGCAAUGAAAUUAAUUUUCUGCAUUUUUCUCACCUUUUAAUAAUGUGUACAUAUCAGUGACCCACCCACCAGUAUCUGAAAGGAAAAUAUCACCCAAACUUAACCUUUCUCUUUCUUUCCUGAUUAUUCUAAUCAUUAUGUAUAUUUUUCUUGCUAUGUUUGAUAAUGAAGUGAGCAACUUUACUUAAUUAUUUAACAAACCUUCAUCUAAAAGUUUGAAGGAAUCUAGACUAUGAGACUCUGCUCUGCAGUAAUUGGGAAAUCUCAGCUUUAAUAAUAUUUUCCUUUUUAAGAUUUCUUCCCACUUCAGGAUUGUUCUCUUGGAAUUUAAUAGUAUAUUUUUUUAGAAUUUUAAAUUACAUCUUCAGUUUUAUGCAACAUAAAUUUAUUUAAAUGUUAGAAUAUUUUUUUCAUGUCCCUUAGCAUACAGGUAUGUUCUCUUCAUUCCUUUCCAGACUUUGGGUCCUUGCCUGACUUACAAGCAUAGCUGGCAACUACUUCCUUUUGUUAAAGACAAAAAUAGUAUUUAAUUGUUUCAGAUACUAACACCUAAAAGUUAUAUUAUGAAAAUUCAUCUGAAAUAAAAUUUGGUUUCUAUUUAACAAGGACCAAAACACAUGAAGAAUAGCACUGUUGGUUUAACACACACACACACACACACACACACACACACACACACACACACACACACCUUAUAGAAGGUAUUUUUUUUGCCUAAAUUUUAGCAAACCCAACUUACAUUUAGUCUUGUGUUGCUUUUUAAAUCUUAAUGUUUUAAGUAAUACAAAGUAAUCUAUAUUCUAGACUUAUUGAUUGAUUGAUUUUAAACUACAGGAAACACGAAGUAUUUAUAUAGAAAUGAUAUUAAAGCCUUCUCUUUCUGGUGGUAGCAGAAAAUGCUGUUUGCUUGAGGAAGGUAGACUCAAAACAACACUGGCCAUAAAGCAGACUAUCUGAUCUAGUAGGCUGUGCAUAUUGGAUUUUUUUUUUCUAAGUCAACUUCAGGAACACAAUCCUGCCAGAAAUCUAUACACGUACUUAAAAAUGUGCAAGUGUCUGUAAAUGUGUUGUGUCUGAGAAACCUAAAGAGUUUUUGACCUCACAAAUAAUCUUCUUUGUUAGCCAGUGAGAUACAUGGGAUAAGCAGAGUUUAAACUCUACAUUGACUGGAAUGAAAUUGUUAAAAUGGCUGUCGUCACCCUAGCAUAAAGGACCAUGGCUGUCUCUUCACCAGAAUCUACCCUGCUGCAGGUACAACCCCUAGAGUGAUGCUGUUUCUCCUGAAGCCGGCCUUUAAGCACCCAUGGAUUACUUCUUCCCUUGUCUUCAUCAUGGCAUACACACUUCCUGGAUGCCAAACAUCAAAUGCUUGUCCCCCAGAUAUGGGAAUGAGUUUUUCAAAAUUGGCAUCCUCAUCCCGGUCCUACCUCUCAGUAGCUGUGUGGCCUUAGAUAAUUUGUGGAACUCCGUUGAGCCACAGUCUUUUUUUUUCCUGUAAAUUAGAGACAAGAAAAUAAUUACUCAUGAGGUUAUUAUAGCCUCUCAAUAAGAAUAUGUUUGGGUAACAGCACAAUGCCCUGAAAUAGUUGUGCUGAAAUAUGUUAGUCAUAAAAGUAAUGUAUAACUAAUUAUGGCUCUCUUCUCAUCCAUCAAACAGGAAUGUCUGUUUUCUACUCCUGUUAAAAAUAAAACAUAUGUGAUAAAACAUAUAAUUGUAUCUGGUCAAAUGAGAACCUAUCUUCCUAGUCAUUAUCCCAAUGUAGAUUUUGUGCUGCUCUCUGCCCCGCUCUGGUGAUCAGCACUCACAGCAAGGUAGCACUUUGCUGUCUGAUUGCUUCCCUCCUCCUUAGAGACACCUUUGAUUUCGUCACCAAUGAUUUCCCUUUUAUCUGUUCUUCCCAUCUCUCCAUAAUUCUUGUCUAACCCAGUAGAUACAUUGCCAAAAAUAUCAGAUCUACACCUCUAAUUUCCUCAGCAAAUGAGAAGCUUAGUGGGGGCAUAUGUGAAAACAUGUUAUAUGGAGGCAUAUAUCAUAAACAGUUAAUGCCAUCGAUAUUCACUUAAAAAGUACAAGAAAAUGUCUAUGAAUUCUCUACAUAUCUCAACUUCAACCCUCUAAUGAAAACUUUUCCCUGUAGACAAAAACACUUUAUUGCCGGGCGGUGGUGGCGCACGCCUUUAAUCCCAGCACGUGGGAGGCAGAGGCAGGCGGAUCUCUGUGAGUUCGAGGCCAGCCUGGACUACCGAGUGAGUUCCAGGAAAGGCGCAAAGCUACACAGAGAAACCCUGUCUCGAAAAAACAAAAAACAAAAAACAAAACAACAACAAAAAAAAAACCACACUUUAUUAUAUAUGUUUAUAUUUUAUAAAUAUCAAACAUUAUUUUUUGUAUUUACCCAUGACAAAUAUAUAAUACAACUAAGAUAUAUCAGCAGACAAACAAUUAAAUUAAAAAUAUUGAUAUAUUUAUAGUCCUAUGUUUAUAUUGGGUCUUCAGGAUCUAGUUGGCAUUUGAUCCCUAUAACACUUAAGGCUUUGACUUAACACAUUUCAGAUGUACAAGAAUCACAUGUGGACAAAAACUAUACUAUCCAUCAGCACAGAUCUAAAUUCUCCUCUCACUUGCUGCUUGUUGGGUAGCCGACUAUUAAUUCUCUGGGCAGGAAAGGUAUUUCUACAUAGAGUUUAAGAGAUUGCUAAACUUGUAGCACUUAACACAGGGAAGACACAAUCAACAGUAGUUUACUAACUGUGUAUAAUCACAGCUGCAUGCCAGGCAGGCCUAUGAGGGGGCUUUAUUUUGGAACAGAGUGAACAGGGGCUGUAGGAAGCAAAUGUUGGCUUGCAAAGAAGGUGACUCCUAGUUCCCACAGAUGGAGGACUUAGGUGGCUUGUCUGAAUAAGAUGGUGUGCUGGAAGGGAAGUAAAUCCACUACCACAGAUAAGUGGACGGUCCAUGAUACAUCCGAUGUGGAUGAAUGUGAGCGGCGAAAAUUCUGUGCUGAAAGGGAAGUAAACCUACUACCAUGGAUAAGUGGACAGUCCGUGAUACAUCCGAUCUGGAUGAAUGUGAGCGGCGAAAAUUCUGUGCUGGAGUAUAACAAGAUGGAAUUUGAAAUUAGGUCCACUGAUGUUCUCCUGAUUUUACCAGAUGUCUAUAAAGUCAUUACAGGGAGCCUUAAUUUUCUACUUCCCCAAACUCUGAACACUGUGAUAUGACAGAGAGCACCUACCUUAUUAACAUAAACUCUGAACAGGAUCAUCAUCCACUUCUCUGUUAAUUGUAUCCCAUACCACUGGUGGCUUUGUAGCUUGAAAAUAGAACCAGAUAUUCACUAUCUUUAAACUUUCCAAUAUUCCCAUGAACAAAAGUAUUACAAAAUCCAUAACAAGGUAUGUGAAGAUUUUUUUUAAAAAUAUAAUUUGAGGUUUUGCCUUCCAGACCUUUCUUUCUUCACAUUAAAAAAAAAAAAACAUGAAAAAUUCAAGUAACAAUCCAUUUGCAUUUUUCAAUUACACUACAAUUUUUAGACUGUAGACGCUUGUAUAGGAGCUAUUAAAGUAUUUAUUUUUGUCUCUUCCUUAAUAAAUUUCUUAGAUGUGUUGGCAUCAUUGAUUCCCUAACAUCCUAAUCUUUGAACAUUGAGUAAUCAGCAUAGCUAUGGAGAUCCAUUUCUCUUCCCUCCCUAAUUUCUUCUUAUCUACAAUAAAGCAACACUGUCUCUCAAUUCUGUAAGACUUAACUUGGAUCUCGGUCUUGAGGUUCUUUCACAACUCUCUCAGUUCUUAUUAGGCUACUAAUACCAAGUUAUUAAUACAAGUACUUUGGUAUGUUUAGAUUAUAUAUUCUAUAGUAUAAUAAAUUAUACUAUUCACAUGCACUUAUUUCUACAAUUUUCCACAUAAGGCUACGUGAUACCCUAUAAAAAUGAGUUACAAUGUCUUUUUAUUAGUGUAUCACAUAUGCAUAACAUAAAAUAUAUCACAGAAAAAAUAAUAUUAGAUGAAAGCAUGAAUUAUCUUCUGUCUUUUACAUGGUAAAACCUGGAAUGCAACUUUGGGGCACAUACUUAUACAGAUACAAAGUCAUUCUCUAGUUCAUAGGCCCAGGACACAUAUUUUGAGAGGCAUUUGGUUGAAGAGUUUGGCUUGCUUUCUAAAUGCAAUUUUAUUUGUAAAUCUACAUCUCCUAGCUCUCCAGGUUUUCUAAGGCCACAUUUCCUCUCAGACCCACAGAUAAAUUUAGUGAGAAUUAAACAUCCCUAGACAGAAGAAUUGAACUAUUCUGACUGCUGUUCUUUCAUAUUGAUUUAAAGAUCUCAAAGUAUUGCUUCCCACAAAUCUGUUCAUUUAUAAUCAGAACAAAGCUAAAAGCUGCCUGUCUGCAACACACUGAGUGGGGAAAGGGUCUGACUUUGAAUUUAAAAGUUCAAUCUAUUGACAAGGAUACGCAUUGGUGACUUAGUACUUAACCAUGCAGGCCAAUGAGUUGUAGAUUUCUUUUUCACUGACAAAAACAAUAAUAUUGAUUGUUAAGGAGAUGUUUAAUACUGAUGUUUAAUUGUGCCAAACUUUGGGUACUUUCUGAUUUGAAUUAAAAAUAUCUCUAAAUAAUCCAGGUAUACCCACUGUAAAUACCAGUUUUUUAAUAUUAUUAAUUAUUUAAGGCUCUAUUAUCAGUUCCUUAGGUUUCAAAAAUGUUUUCAGAGGUAUAAAUGACCUACCAGAAAUGUGAUACUAGCAUAGUAGUAAAAAUACACAGCUGAAAAGGAAACAGAAAGUUGUUGGCAAAGAUAAAAGAGAAUCAUGACAAUGUUCUGUGACUGCCAAAGGCCAUUUCCAGUUAUUAGACUUGGGAUUAAAGAGAAAAAUCUUAUGUACCCCAGCAUCAGGAAGCAACUUCAACUACUUCUGACAGGGAAGCAAAACAGAAUUCUAGUACAAGGACCAAGACACACAGAUGUACAAAUGACCUUGUGUCAGGAGAGAGAAUGUUACAUUGAUAUAUUUUCUUUUAUUUUUUUCUCUGCUUGCUGAUGAAGAUAGACCACAAAAUCAAUAAAGUGCAGUGGGGUGUGUUGGUGUGAUGGGUACACUAAUCUGCUUGCUUUUGAGGUUCAAACCAAGACUGAUUUGUCGAAGUUACCUGAAAUAAUUUCUGCAGUCUACAUUCUCCACACUGAAGGCACGGACAUAAAUUUUCUCCUUGUAGAUUCAGAUAGGAGUCUAGGCACUAAAUUCUCAGUGUGGAGAUCCAUUUUUUUCUCUCUUCGAUGUUUCCUGAACAUUUCCUAAAAAUGAGUGUUCUUACGCAAAAGCCUUCAUCAUAUUAAAAUAAUUAAGCCUAUGCAAAUCUAUUACGUAUAUUGAAAGAGAAAUCAUUCCGACUGCAGAAGACACUUAAGGCAGGGCAGCAUGGAAAAACUAAGAAGAAACGUGACAGCAGACACAGACAAGUAGUUAUGUUCUUGUCACACAUGGCACACAAGCAAUGGAUGCAAACCCGAACCUCCUCUUUCCUAGGCUACCCUUAAUCAAUGCACAUAAUGUGACCAUUUAGCAGCUACUGCACAGCUGUGUGAAAAGAACCACCUCCCAUCAGCACCUUCUCCCUGUUCACCCAAAGACUAAGCACCUAUUUAAAAUACUUUCAAUCACAAAAACAGGGCAGAAUAAUGUGGGAGCAGGAAGGACAGCUUGCAUUGAGGUAUGGCCACUUCCUGAUUCUGCUUUGUCCACAAACCCUUUGUUUAUCCUCGCUGUCCUAUGAUUUCCUGAUAUUUAUACUACAAAUGAUAGUAGCAGCUACCCCUGGAGUUAUUGUGAAGGUGAUAUAACUUACAACUUGAAAGCACCCAGAAACAGCAGCUGACAUGUCGCAACACCAUGACAGUGAAUCAUAUUUUACAUUUCUUCUUAUAGACACACAAUAUGUACUUUAAAAAUACAUCCCAAAAAUUUUGACUUAAGCAUAUCCAAAAAAAACCUAAACUAUGUGGUCACUAGGUGAUUUUGAAUGAUAAGAAAGUAAUAGCCUUUGUAUAUACUUGCAAGUUCCAGUUCUGUCAAAAACAUGUAUGUUGUGGGCCAGGCUAUGAAAUUCUUCUGAGCCUCAUUUCCUCCUGAAGAAAGAGCUGGAAAUAAAAAGCUAAAGAUACAGCACAGGCAAGUGAAACCAAGAUCUAAGAUAAAUGAAUAAAAGGUUAUAAUAGGAAACUGAACUGCUCUCGAUAAAUCACACACCCCCCCCAAGAAAGGAUUUAUUCAGAACACCAAGAAAAUGGCCUAAGUCCAUCAUCAUGCCUGUAGAAGAGAACAUAAAACUGUCAGGAACCAUUCUUGAAGAGCAAAGGGAAAGGCAAAGUUCCCAAAGAAACCAGAGAUUAGAAAACAUCAAUUUAGAUUAUUAAACUGGGUAAAGAAAAGUGCAUUAGAGAAACAAUAAACUUGGGCUUCACAAUAUCACUCACAGCCAGGAAUCUAAGGUUCCAGAAUAGUUGUAUAAAAUAUCCCACAGAAAAUCUUUUCAAAUAUAUUAAUAGGAAUCUAGAGACAAAGUCUCCAUAUUGUGGAAGAAUUCCUGAAAAUAGUACUAAUUGACCAGGCAUCUUUAAUCCUCAAGUAUUAAAUCUACUAUGUUGAUGUAAUUUGUGGAUUGUCAAGAUGCUGCUAGAGUGGGUAAUUCUCUCCUAAAUUAUUUAAACACUUUUUUCUUGUCUUACAUAACACCCUUUAGGGUAAAAGUUCAUGGGUUACAAGAGGUAAGGCAUAUGUGUUAAACAACAAGAUUGUGUCAGAAAAUUCUGUGAUAAGGGUCAAGUUCUCUUUUUGCAUAUACUGUCCUAGAGCUAAUAAAGAUUUUGUAUUUUAAAUGUAUUAAAUAUUUUGACAAGAAUAUACACCAUUUCUGAUAGCACACACCUGUCAUUCCAGCAAUCACAAUGCUGAGGCAGAAUCAUGAGUUUAAGGCCAGCCUGAGCUCUAUGGAAGAGCUUGUCUUAAAAUAGUUGUUUAAUUAAUAAUAAUGAAAGCCAUAAGAAAAUAACACUAAAGAAGAAUAUGAGUCAAAAAUUCUCUAUGGCCUAAGGAAACCUAGAAUUCAUUAUACGAUUCUCUACCAAAAAAAGUUUGCUAACUUUUCUGCUGAAGAAGCAGUCAUUUUUGAAUCAAUAUUACUUGGCUUUACAUGUGAGAAGCCCAAAUCAAAGAAAUACUGUAAAACAGCAGAGCUAAAUCCUAAGAAUUGCUUGUAGAGCUGGUCAAAAUUAUGGAUGCAAUGUCCUGUCUUCUCAGAAAGUGCAGUCAAUAAAUGGAGAGUCAAUGGACAUGGCAAUUCCUCACUCAGUUCCAACACAGCAGUCACCAGAACACUUUCGAGGUUUAAGCAUACACUUAGAUACUGAGAUGUUGAAGGCACCCAAUAUUUGGUAAACCAUUAAAGCACCUGUCUAGAUUUUAGCAGCCAUAAUGGGUAUUUCUCUUGAUAUCUAGAUGAAUAAGCAAGAGAAAUAUAAAUCACAAAGUAGUAAGAUUCAAUAAAUUAUCAAAUACUGCAUUCUUUGUGGUCGAAUAGCCAAUAGGUUUUGCUCUCUAGAUGACUUUGUUGUCUUUAUGUGGGGUGUGUUCACUGGAGUGUCCUCAGAAUAACUGCUUACUGUUGUCCUGUUGUCAAUUGAGUAGAUUCCAAAGGAAUUAGGGUUGUAGGCCAAGACUUGCCAUUUAUCAGUAAGAAACAUAUAUAUGGAAAACCAGACAAGGAUGUAAAUGUCAGAUCAUCUUCAUAGGAUCUGUACCCAGCAUGAAUAAAGUAAUUAAAUAUAAGCAUCUUAGAUAUAAAAGCCUUACUGAUAAAGUCCAGUUUUCCAUCCUCACCCUGGGUGUCAGCCCUUAAGCCUGAAGCACAGGGAGGGUCAGUCACAAGCAUUUUUAUAAGUCUCAGAAUGACAUAUAUAUCAUACCACAUUGGUCAGAAUCUGGGGAGCAAAAGCAAACUGUACUGAAAGGUGGCUGGAAAAGGUGGUCCAGCCAGAUUUUUAAGACAAAAGAAAUGUUUGGUAAAUAGCCAGAAAUUCUCCAUCGUAAUUGUCCCUUCUAGUUUCUAGUUAUGUUCUUCUGACAGAGUACAUUUACUAUUUCCCCAAGGAAAACAAUGCAAAGUCCUUGGGUCACUUUUUCUAUGGCAGUGUAGAAAAUCUCAUGUACUCUGAUAGAACCAGAGACAGUUCCCUGUGCUCUGACAAUGCCAGCACAAAUCACACUCUCUCCUGCAGACAGACACACGUGGUACUUGAUCUAUCCUUUGUUAUGGAUGACAACUUUGCCAAUGCUGUCAUUUAUCUCAAACUUGGUGGCCAUUCCCUCAUCAGCUUCUGCCUGCCCUCAAGGAACUUGAUGAAUGUUAUUCUUCUUUGACAAUAAUCCCCCUUUCUGAGAUUUUUUUCUUGCCACAUAUCAAUUAUAUAUAUAAUAUUGGGUUUUAUUAUGUCAUAUUCAUGCAUGUAUGCGAUGUAUUUUGACAGUAUUCACUCAAAUUACCCUCUUCUUUUAUCCUCUGUCUGCUAACGACCCUUCCCCUUCCCACAUAGAUCCACUUCUACUCUCAUGUUUAUUUAUUUGUUUUUCUUAUUUUUUUUUACAUUUUAUUAUAAGGAAAAACAAAAAUAAAUAAAAACAACACACACCAAAAUAUAUACCACUAAGUGACUUUAUAAACAGAAUUGGCUUUCAGAAUGAAAGCUGUAAAGAUUGACAUUAAAUUUUACACUUUUGGUAUGGAAUGUCUUUUAAUGUACUUCUCAGCAUAUUUAUUCAUUUUGCAUUAUUUAUCUAUUCAUUUAGUUUUGAUGACCAGUGAGUUUUGCUGGAGUGACUUACUGGGUCCUGGUGAUAUUUAUCGGAGAAGGACCUCAACUGUGGCCACAUCAUUGAAGGAAUUGUCUCUCCCCACCCUUGCUACCAGAGACUAUUACCUGCUCACAGAUAUACAGGGAGAAGGUGGGGCUUCAUGAAUGCUACUAGAUAUCAAUACAUGGCUGUGGAUCCUGGUGGAGGGGCCUCACCCAUCCUCCUCUCCCCUCAUGACAGUGAUCAAGAGUGCCAAAGACAGCCUUCUGCACUUGACUCCUUCCUCCAGAUCUUACACUCUUUUAUCAUGCCUUCUGUGAUUGAGCCUUGAAAAGGGCUGGUACAGAAAUUCCAUUUGUGCCUGAGUAGUGUAUUUCAGGCAAGGAUCCUCUCAUGUGGAAUAGGCCUCAAAUCUUAUCAGAGAGCAUAUGGUUUCCCACAUUACUGAUUUACCACUAUUGAGUCAAUGAGCAUCUUUUGGUUGGCUAGUCAAUAGUGGAGCAUACAAUAGCCACAAAUGACUUUUGAAAAUUCUCCCAAAAACCUCAGUUGCACCUUCCUUCAAUUUAUGAGCUAGAAAUUAGAGAGAAGUCUUCCAGAAUGUUCUCCUUAUCUCCUAAUCAAAGUGUGCAGAUUCUUCAGCAACUAGAUCUCACCAUCUAAUUCUAAUUCUAAUGGGCAACUGGUAGCCAUGGCAAAUGCCUGUAUGUUUGUAGACCUCAGAGGCUUUCUUAACUACUCACUAGUCACCAACUUACACCUGAUAUGGGACUUUUUGCCUAAUAACCUGUGGUUUCAGAUGCAGCUUUGUAUAUACACAUAGGACAGGUAUGUUGAAACUUUCAUUUUCUUUUAUUAUAUUUUAUGACUAGCUUACCCAUUACCAGGUUUUCUUCUGGGUUUUUCAGCCAUCCUUGGUUUGGUUGACACCCCCCUUACCUCUUUCAUAUUUCCUUGCCUCCUUCUUUAAAUCCAACCUUCUUGUUAUCCCCUUGAUUUUUAAUUUUGAAUGUAUUUUUUACUAUCCUUUCAUUCCUUAAAGCUUCCCAGCUUUACACAUAUUCAUUCACACUUAAAUGUACAUUUGUAAAAAGUAGCAACUAAGAUCCACAUAUGCGAGAAAAAAACACACAAGUUUUCUGAUAUUGUGCUGCCUCGCUCAAAAUGGUAUUUCUUGUUCUAUCAAUUUUCCUGCAAAUUUCAUAAUUUUAUUUUUCUUUAUAGGUGAACAAAACUGAAUUGUGUAUAUGUACCACACUUUCAUCUGUCAAUUAGUUGAAUGGCAUCUAGGUUGAUUCUGUUUUAUUGCCAUUGUGAAAAUAGCAGCAAAAAGUGUGGGAGAGAAAGUAUCCCUGUGGUGGGAUGUGGAGUACUUUGAAGAUGUGUCCAGAGUUGAUUACAUAAGACUUCUACCAGUAGCUUUUGAGAAACCACCACAAUUAUUUCCAUACUGGCAGUACCAAUUUACAUUCCUACAAGCAAUGAAUUAGCAUUCUUCAUUCUUCACCUCUAUGUCAGCAUUUAUCAUCCUCUGAUUUCUUGAUAACAUUCAUUCUAAAGGUUGUGAGAUGGAAUUUCAAAGUACUUUAAAAGUGUGUGUGUGUGUUGUAAGUAUUCCCACCUGUGAAUGUGGGGGAGGACCAGAGGUUGAUAUCAGGUGUCUUUCUCUAUUGUUCUCCAUUUAUUUACUAAGACAGUAUCUCUUACUGACUUUUGUAUGGUAACUUUGUAUUCUACCACUUUGCUGGAAAUUUCUGUCAGUUCUAGAAGUUUUCUAGAGAAGUCUUUAGGAUCCUGUAUGUGUAGAAUCAAUUCAUCUGAAAAGAAAGAAGGAUAUUUUAACUUCCUUCCUAUUGAUACCCCUUUAUUUCCUUCUCUUGUCUUAUUGUUUUAGCGAAGAGUUUGAACAAUAAGUUGAUAAUUGCAGAGUAGACACUCUUCUUGCCUUGGUCCUUAUCUAAGUUGGAAUGCUUCAAGCUUUCCUCUAUUUAGCAUGAAAAGUUAGCUGUAGGUUUUCAUAUAUAGUCUUUACUGUGUUGAGAUAUACUCUCUCUAAUCCUUGUGUCCCCAGGGCUUUAAAUGUUUUCUUAACCUAUAAAAUUUCAAAUUAGUUAAGAUAGCAUGAAAUAUUAAAAUAAAUUAAUAUCUAACUCUAUGUAUUAUCAUGAAUAUAAAAGUCCAUGUAACCCAAAUAUCAGCAGGGAGAGGAGUUAAUUAGCAGAAUCUGCCUUAUAACUAAGUGCUUAGAUUGCCUUAUCUAAAUGAGAAGGCAUAAGAGAAAAGAGAAAUUUGAGAAUUUUUGAGAUUUGGAAGUCAACAUUAGCAGGCAUGUUUCUACUCCUCAUCAUGCCUGUUCAGUCUUAGUCUUGAGGCAUCGCCUUCACGUUACUACAAGAAUGACUGAGAAUUGUUUGCCAGUGGUCUUGAUGAAUGGGAUGUACAUUUUGUGAACAGUUUCAUGACCCUGUGCAUGUAGCUGUAGAACACUUUCAACACUCCAUUCUUCAGGGAAAGUCCUUGAGACAGAAAGUAACAACUCAUAAUAGCUUCAGGAAGUCCUUGAAACUGGCCAGAUUCAUCAGGUCACACAUUCUUCAAGAGUAAACAGCAAGGGCUGCCGAGAGUCACUCUUUGACAAGCAAACUGCAAAGGGGACUCUGAGACACACCCAGCCACUUGGAAGAAGCAGAGACUAGUUGUACUGCCUGGAAGAGGUCUAGACCAACGGAGCUAACCUGUUGAGCUUCCUGCAGGUUGUGUGGUAUGAUCCAGGCUUCCAGCUUUUGUGAGAUGUCACCCAUGCUGGGGUAGGCUCUAGUAGGCUGGGGUGGGCAAUGAAGUUGUCUUUGCAUCAUUUCUGCACAUGUAAGUAAUCCUUCACUCAUACUCAUGUAAGUAAUCCCAAUAAAACUCAUUGGUUCGUCAACUUGAA